CGAGCCCAAAUUAGCACACUAGAAGUAACAUCUGUGUCCUAGUGAACUGUGAGGGACUAGAUUUUCUUCAAAGGACUUAUGCUUUUUGUUUUUGUCAUCAGUAGGAUCUACAUCUAAUACUUCAUUGGGAAAGGAUGUGGGCUCUGAAAUGCUAUAAAUGUGAGUGCUGUGGGAGAGAUUUUGUCAGCUGCAAGGCUCUGAGAUAUCACCUUCGACAGAAGCAUUUUGGAAAAGUUCACUGCGAAGAAUGUGGCCACGAAGUCCUGAGGGAGAGACUGCAUGAUCACAGUGAGUCUGUACAGGAGAGGUCAACCGUGGAGACACACAAGCUCAGCUGGGAAAAUCUAGAAGAAAGGAAUAUAAGGCAUAUGGCUACAGAAAUAUCAAAAACCUGUAGGAUGUGUUCAAGGCGCUUUGGAACAGUCCUUAGUCGGGAGAACCAUGAAAUACAAGAGCAUCGCUUCACAGCCAGUAAGAGAGCCCAAAUGUCUAUAGGAUUUUCACCUCAUAAUAUGUUGGAGUGUAAGAGUCCCCAAGAGCUACAGAGAUUUGCAGAUGAAAAUAUCCGCCCAGCCUCAGGUCUUCUGAGCUCUGCCUGUGUGGCUGAGAUCAGGGCCCUGCUCACGCUGAUCCAGGCUUGUUUUCCGGUGCCAGCCACCCGAGUGAUCCAGGGUGGUUCUUAUGUAAAGGGGACUGAUACCCAAGGAUGCUCUGAGAUUGACAUCGUCUUGUUCAGUGAUGUGUUUACUAAUGUGAACCAUUGCAAGAAACAACUGAGAGAAGGGUUGGAUGCUCUGAGAGAAAACUUGAAGCAAACUUCGCAUGGAAACAGGAUCCUAAUGGGAAAGAGAGCACCCUUGUCUUUAAGAUUCAAUUUUGUAUGUACCGAAGGUCUUCACAGGCAUUCCUUUGAGAUCAUGGCCUACUGUGACAUCCUGGGGCCUGCCCCCUCCACAGGUUUAAAACUUCACCUUUACCGCAAACUGUACCUCUGUGACGACAGGGACGUGGCGCAGCUGUGUGCCUUGGCCCUCUUGCCAGACCAAGUGGAUUUUGUCAAGGCGUCUGUGGCAAGGGUGAAGGAGCUCACUCGCUUAAUGAUACACUGGUUCAAGACAUCAUUUGCCAGGUCCAUGGAGGAAAAUAAGUUCCGGAGACUUCCCUCCUCUUACACAGUGGAGCUCCUCACCAUUCACAUCUGGGAGCUGGCAGGAAAGCCGCUGCUCUUCAGCCUGGUGCAGGGAAUGAGGGCAGUCCUCAAGCUUCUGGUUCGAUAUGCAGAAAUUGAUGUUGUUUGGCACAGACACUACCAUCCCAAGUUCCCCAUUUUUGUAAAGGUGAACCAGAAACACACAAGGCCGUUCAUUUUAGACCCUGCCAAUCCUACUGUCAACGUUUGUGACACCUGCAAUGCCUGGGACGAAGUUGCCCUUGUGGCGAGACAUAGCCUACUGAAGCCUCUUUUCAGCAGAGUGAGAGCUGAGCCCCCUUGGCUUUUCACAGAUGACUGGUAAAAUGGGCAAGGAGCUACUGUCCUUGGAUUUCCAUGAAGAAAAUAAAAGGGAUGCCGAACAUAUUCCCAGUUAGAGUGCUCUGGAUGAAAGGCAGUAUGAUUGUCUUACUCUAAUUCACGACGUUAAUGACCUCAUCUUUAACAAACAUAUUGAUAUGAGUCGUCAUUGAAAAUAAAAGAAUCCAUUUCAGCCUUUAAAAGAAUUGAACUCUCCUCUCCCAUUUUUUGGAUUUUUUUGCUUUGGUGGCCUCGUGGACAAAAAAAAGCCAAAAAACAUUUUUAAAAAUCUAAGUAGCCACAGUGAAUAAAUAAAUAAGACAAAAUUCCCAGGUCAUUUGAGAGAAGAUUAACUGAAAGGGUAAAAUCACUCCCAUUUUUUAGUUUUAGUUCAUUAUGGCUUCAGGUUGACUUUUCAACUCUCCUGGUGGUCUGGUAUUUCAUUGGGUCACCUGUGUUUUCAAGAUUUCCCUACAAAAACCUGCUUGCACUAAGUACAGCCUGUUCACUUGCAGAAAUAAACUAACAAAUCACUACAUGGAAACAUGGGAAUAUCUGGAAGAAACACCAUGGAUUGCCUCAGAAUAAACUGUUUCCAAAAUCAUUUUAUGUCACAACUCAUGGGUCAGCGUGGAGCCAUUCUUAAGCUUGCAAGGUGCUCAGCCAUAAGUAAGGGCAAAUAAAGUACCCAGGCUAUGAACUGUCCAGUUUUGCCACAACUGUUUUCAAUCGGUGGCAUCAACUGUUUUCUUUUCUGUUAAGUAGCGUUAGCAGCCACUGAUAAUGAAAGCCAGGGCCCACCAGAAAUAGACUAGAGGAAAUUUCCUAACUCACUUUCAUAGCAAUGAUUCAUCAACACGGAAGAUGUAUGAAGUGUGACUGCAGAUUAAUGUGAGUGAUUAGGCUUCUCCACAUGACAGAACUCUUACAUAUAAAUGAGCACUGGCCCCUUCAGCCGAGCCCUCAGAGAACUUGUAUGCUUAGUCUAGUGACGUGAUUGGUCUGGAAACAGUUUUAGACUUCCCCUCAGGGGAGAAUGUUCUUUUGAACAUCUGUAAUGGUGACAAAAUUUGUCCUUUGAGGAUGGAUUUGAUUUUUGGAAAUGGUACAAUGUAUUCAUAGUGGACAUCUGUUAUUUUUUGUCUACCCUGAUUCCUUUUCCCCAAUUAAUGGUUGGA